UGAAUGAACAGUAUACUUGCGUAUCAGCUUCUGUUUUGCAAAUUGCACGUAUUUAAUAGACGAAAUUCAAAGAUGGAAAUCUGAUCCUUGUGAUUUCCAAUCUAUCUUCUUUUGUUUGUAAAAAAAAAAAAAAAGAAUUAGAAUUCUAAUUUAUCGUGUCUGAAAAGGACAUGGUCUUAAUAUACCAAGAAUAAAACUAAGGCGCAAAAAACCCACAAACUUUGAUCAUGCGCCUACAGUCUUAUCCUACGCCGCUCCUCAUCUUCACAUGCACGUCCUCUCUAGUGCCAACUCCUUUCGCUCAUUUCUACACUUAUAACUCCUCCUCAGUUUUGGGUCACCCCACUAUGUUAAUCCAAACCCAAAUAAACCCACCUCUCCAAGUCCCAACUUUUCCUCAUAAACCCAACAAAACCAAUACUUUAAAGGACGUUUGCCUGCGAGGAAAUCUCAUGGAAGCUUUUCAAUCACUCACGGUUUCCUUCAAUGAUCAUUACCCAGAUGAGACUUAUGCCCCGGUUCUUGAACUUUGCGCUGGCAAGAAAGCUCUUUCUCAAGGGCUACAGAUUCAUGCCCACAUGAUAAAAUCUUUCUCUGUUUCUGAAUCCGUGUUUUUAGGAACUAAGCUUGUGUUUAUGUAUGGGAAAUGCGGCUCAGUUGAGAGUGCUGAGAAAGUGUUUGAUAAAAUGGGUAAACGAAGUAUUUUUACUUGGAAUGCUAUGAUUGGAGCUUAUGUUUCUAAUGGGGAACCUUUGGGAGUUCUUGAAACUUAUAAAGAAAUGCGGGUUUUGGGAGUUUCUCUUGAUGCUUAUAGUUUUCCUUCUCUGCUUAAAGCUUGUGGUUUGCUUAAAAAUCUCUUUUUAGGUGCUGAAAUUCAUGGCCUGGCUGUCAAGCUUGGCUAUGAUUCUACUGUUUGUGUUGCCAAUUCUUUAGUUGCUAUGUAUGCGAAAUGUGAUGACCUUUGGGCUGCAAGGAGAUUAUUUGAGAGAAUGGCUCAGAAAAAUGAUGUUGUGUCAUGGAAUUCUAUAAUUUCAGCAUAUUCUGCAAAUGGAAAAUCUAUGGAAGCAUUGGAACUUUUUAGGGAAAUGCAAAAGGCUGGUCUUGACACAAAUACUUAUACUUUUGUUGCUUGUCUUCAGGCUUGUGAGGAUUAUUCCUUUAGGAAAUUUGGUAAGGAGAUAAGUGCUGCUGUUUUGAAAUCAAAUCAGCUUUCCGAUGUUUAUGUUGCUGGUGCUUUGGUUGCCAUGUAUGUCAGGUGUUGUAAGAUGAGUGAGGCCGUGAGAACUUUUAACGAAUUGUGUAACAAGGAUAAAGUAGCGUGGAAUUCUAUGCUUACAGGGUUUAUCCAAAAUGGUAUGUACAGUGAAGCUUUGCAUUUCUUCCAUGAUUUUCAGAAUGCUGGUAAAAAACCUGACAAUGUUACGAUGAUAAGCAUCCUUCUAGCCUGUGGGCGGUUGGGUUACUUAUUGAAUGGAAUGGAAUUGCAUGCUCAUGCAAUAAAAAAUGGGUUUGAUUUAGAUUUGCAGGUUGGAAAUACUCUUAUAGAUAUGUAUGCAAAGUGUUGUUGUGCGAACUAUAUGGGCCAUGCUUUUGAUAGGAUGCCCAACAAAGAUUUGAUUUCUUGGACUACUGUUAUUGCUGGCUAUGCCCAAAACAAUAAUGGUUUAAAGGCCUUUGAAUUGUUCCGAGAAGCGCAACUAGUUGGUAUAGAUGCUGAUCCCAUGAUGAUAGGUAGUGUACUCCUUGCUUGUAGUGAACUGACAUGCGUGUCCCAAGUGAAAGAAAUUCAUGGUUACAUUAUGAGAAGAGGCUUGUCUGAUGUUGUGCUACAAAAUAUGAUCAUUGAUGUAUAUGGAGAGUGUGGAAACAUAGAUUAUGCUGUGCAAGCAUUUGAGUUGAUCGAGUUUAAAGAUGUUGUGUCUUGGACAAGCAUGAUUUCUGCAUAUGUCCAUAAUGAGCUCUCUAAUGAAGCUCUGGAACUGUUCCACUUCCUGAACAAAACUAAUAUUCAGCCUGAUUCUGUAGCAUUAAUAAGCACACUCUCUGCUGCUUCCAGCUUGUCUGCCUUGAAGAAUGGGAAAGAAAUCCACUGCUUUAUUAUCAGGCAAGGUUUCAUUCUUGAAGGAUCCAUUGCCAGCUCUCUUGUGGAUAUGUAUUCUCGCUGUGGAAUGGUAGAGAAUGCAUACAAGGUAUUUAAGUCUAUUCAAAAUAAAGGUUUAGUCCUGUGGACAAGUAUGAUAAAUGCAUAUGGAAUGCAUGGCCAUGGCAAAGCAGCUAUUUAUUUAUUCAAUACGAUGAAGAAAGACCUCACUCCAGAUCAUGUAACGUUUUUGUCAGUUCUAUAUGCUUGCAGUCAUUCAGGAUUGAUUGAUGAAGGUAGAAGACUUUUUGAGAUCAUGAAAUAUGAAUAUGAAUUGGAACCAUGGCCAGAGCACUAUGCGUGUCUGGUUGAUCUCCUUGGUCGGGCAAAUUGCUUGGAAGAGGCAUUUGAAUUUGUGAAAAGCAUGCAGAUGCAACCUACCGCUGAAAUUUGGUGUGCACUCCUUCGGGCUUGCCAAGUUCACUCAAACCAAGAACUAGGAGAAAUUGCUGCCCAGAAACUUUUGGAGUUAGAUCCUAAGAACCCUGGACAUUAUGUGCUCAUUUCUAAUGUCUUUGCAGCAAGAGGAAGAUGUAAAGAUGCUGAAGAAAUUAGAAUGAGAAUGAAGGAGAGAGGUCUGAAGAAAAAUCCUGGAUGUAGUUGGAUUGAGGUGGGGAGCAGGAUUCAUACUUUCAUGGCAAGCGACAAGUCUCAUCCAGAAUGUCUUGAGAUAAGCAAAAAAUUGGAUAAAAUCACGGAAAAACUGGAGAAGGAAGGAGGUUAUGUGGCUCAAACGAAGUUUGUUCCCCAUAAUGUUGAGGAAAAUGAGAAAGUUAAGAUGCUGUAUGGGCACAGUGAAAGGUUGGCGAUUGCAUAUGGUCUGCUUAAGACUGCUGAGGGAACUCCCAUUCGGAUUACAAAGAAUCUCCGUGUCUGUGGUGAUUGCCAUACUUUUUGUAAGCUAGUUUCAAAACUCUUUGAACGGGAACUUGUUGUGAGGGAUGCCAAUAGAUUUCACCAUUUUGAGGGUGGGGUUUGUUCUUGUGGGGAUUUCUGGUAAAUGUUAUAUCAAAUGAUUUAAGUCAUAGACAUUUCAUCUUCAUUCAUGCUGUAGCCAUUGGAAUCACUCUCAAAUGAUCAUGCCAUGGUUCUUUUUAUCACCCCUUCUGGUUCAAGUCUGCUAAGAACAGAAUUAUUCUCAUGAAUCUCAUCGUCCCAGUGGCCCAGUUUAAGCCUGAGAUGCCAAAGCUGCUAAAAGGAUUGCCAAUUAAUCAUUCAAUUGUAAGGAGGCAUUGAUAGAGCCCCGAUUCUGAUGGAAAUUGAGUGUGCCCUGAUACAAGAAGUGCCUAAAAAGGGAUGACUGUAAGCACAUUGGUUCCCAUUUUUGUUCAUGCCACGGCGGAUUCAUAAUUGUUGUAAAUUAUGAUUUUAACUCGAUUGGAAACUAUGGACUAAUAAAAGAUUGUAGAUAAUUUUUUGACUCCUGUUCCCCUAGAGUAUUAAUAAAAACCUUAACAUCAUUUACCCUAUGAAAAUGCAGUGAAUCUGCUUGCCAUAGUUUCUGGUCAGCAUCCAAUCAAUCUCCUGUGUUCUGCUCUGAGGCAAGUGGCCACUUGUGUUAAAUGGAAAAUGAUGAUUGAUGAUAGAUCAUGAACGUGAUCAUUGUAAUGAAGAGGCUGAGUUGUUUUGAAGGUGAGGGCCUCUGAUUAUAUGAUAAAGUUAAUACAUUUUAUUUUGGGUGUCAAUUCUGCGUGUAAAGCCCUCGAAAAUCAAUUUGAUUUCUUGGUGCCCGUUUUGUCUUGUACGAAGUUUCUUAUGAGGGAAAACUCUUUCUUCGAAAAAAUCGAACAUCCUGAAACUUUGGCUAUGUUUCAUAUUGAGCUGAAACUAACCUCUUUUUUGCUGUUGCAAUGAGUAUUGUAGUGUAUUAUCAUACCAAGAAUACACAAAAGAUUUGCCGGUUCUAUCUCCAUCAAGCACUUUAUGUACCAAAGGAUAAUGGUGAAAGACACCCUAUGGAAUUCACAGUUGAUAGGACCAGAGCAAUUCUUCCUUCUUCAGAGAGUCAGAUACAGAUGCAUGGGCAGCAUGGCUAGCUGCUGCAUUUAUAUGCAAAUGGCUACAUAAAGGCACUACCUAGAGCAUGGGUCCUGCAAGUGUGCGGUCCAAUGAGGUCUAAAUUUUUGACCGUUCGAUUUGAUCAAUUUUAGAAGCACAUGUGAGAAAUACCGAGUGAAUCAGGGAACAUAUAGCAGCCUUUUGCAUUAAUAUUAAGAGAACAAUGGGUUGCUUUAUUUUCUAAGGUGUGCUUAGAAAUAAAAAUUCAAUGAGUAUGAAGGGUGGUUUGACCAUAGCAAACAUGUUCAAAGCAAAUUGGAGAGCAGAGGCAAGGCUUCAUAUUAUAUAUGAAGUUGUAUUGUGUUACUCCUGUGUCGGCAUGACUAGCCUUGGGGUUUUGAGGUCGCAUCCAUUCCAAUUCAGAGGCUUCAGAGUUGUAAAGAAA